UCGGCCGGAGGCUUCCGCUCUGAAGAUUCUACCCCUUGCCCAGUCCUGCCAGGAGGCCGACGUGGAUUGACCUCCUGCUGUCAGCUCUUUAUUUUAAUCUCAGGGGGCAUCUAGGAGCUUGUCUCCCGCCUCCAGCUCCAGGCCCCUCCUCCCUCCAAGUGCUGGGGUGAACCCGCCACAAAUCCGCCUAGUCCACCAGCCUCUCAGGGUCUGACCGUCCCCAGCGGCACCCAGCCCGGCAGCCGGGAGCCUCGGUCACUCCCGCCCGCCCGCCCGCCCAGCAGCGCCUGCCCGGCCGGGCCCACGCCGCCUCACCCAUGGGGAACAGCAAGAGCGGGGCCCUGUCCAAGGAGAUCCUGGAGGAGCUGCAGCUGAACACCAAGUUCACGGAGGAGGAGCUGAGUACCUGGUACCAGUCCUUCCUGAAGGAGUGUCCCAGCGGCCGCAUCACCCGGCAGGAGUUCCAGAGCAUCUACUCCAAGUUCUUCCCCGAGGCCGACCCCAAGGCCUACGCCCAGCAUGUGUUCCGCAGCUUCGACGCCAACAGCGAUGGCACCUUGGACUUCAAGGAGUACGUCAUCGCCCUGCACAUGACCACCGCGGGCAAGACCAACCAGAAGCUGGAGUGGGCCUUCUCCCUCUACGACGUGGACGGCAACGGCACCAUCAGCAAAAGCGAAGUGCUGGAGAUCGUCACGGCUAUUUUCAAAAUGAUCAGUCCUGAGGACGUGAAGCGACUUCCGGAUGAUGAAAACACCCCGGAGAAGCGAGCCGAGAAGGUCUGGGGGUUCUUUGGCAAGAAGGAAGACGAUAAACUUACAGAGAAAGAAUUCAUUGAGGGGACCUUGGCGAAUAAGGAAAUUCUGCGACUGAUCCAAUUUGAGCCACAAAAAGUGAAGGAGAAGUUGAAGGAAAAGAAACCCUGAUGUCAACUGCUCAGGUCUCCUCCCCUCUCCCCGCCAUUCACACAAACACACGUGUGCACACACCCCGGGGGACGGGAGAGCCUCCAACCCGCAGCACGGUAAACCCACAGCACAGCUCCCUGCCAAACGGAAGCGUCUUUAGCGAUUCACUGGUCCCACCUUCCCUCUGUGUCUA